UGCAACAUUAGCUUGGCUCAAAAGCUCACUAUUCAUUCGUGUCUAUCAACAUAGUCAUCAGGUUCUAUCCGAUUCUCAUGACUACAUUCAAGGUCCCUACUGCACCACGCGUCGAUAUCGCGAUCCGGACAGUUUCUAUUGCAGAUCUAGAAGCCCUUGAGCUGCCCACUCUGAAGAUUCGGAGCGACGAAGAUGUCCUGACCUGGAAGCGAACCAGGGGGUAUGAGGAGUACGGCAAGUUCCUUCACCGCCUGAACGAGGCCGUGAGGGGUCACUCCUUACCGUGGUCAAAUCCUGAAGGAUCGAGCCGCGAUGUGUUGAAAGUGGUCCAGCUUUUAGACACUCUUGAAGGCUGGAUAGACCCCAACGUGCGUGAUAGAGUGAAGGAGCCUGCACGCUUUGGCUAUGUGCAGUUCGAGACGGAAUGGGGCGCGACUCUAGAAGAGAGGGCAGGUGCCCUUCUGGAGGAACUACUCUCCCCUCGCGAUGGUGGAACCGACCUUCGUCUUGCUGUGCCCUACCUCCAGCCGUACUUCAUCACUUCGUUCGGAUCAUUCAAACGGAAAGAUUACGGGACUGGCCACGAGACGUCCUUCGUGAUAUUCUUAUUCUGUCUAGCAAAAAUCGGGUUCUUCCAGCUUAGGCCAAACGAGGAACGGGACAUUGUGUUUACUGUCUUCAUCCGUUACCUUCGACUUUCCUGGAAGCUGCAGGCGGAUUACCGGCUCGAGCCAGCGGGUAGCCACGGCGUCUGGGGUCUUGACGAUUAUCAUUUCUUGGGAUAUGUCUUUGGUAGCAGCCAGCUUCGAGACCAAUCAGCGAUCCCACCUUCCGCCGUUCUCAAGCCUCCUGCUCCCAGCACAAACGAUCCGUCACUUCCUGAGACAAAUCUCUACUUCAUGCAGAUAAACCAAAUUCACAAGUUCAAGACCGGACCAUUCCACGAGCACUCGUCAACGCUCUACUCAAUCGCCACCGGCGUCCAGCGGUGGGAGAAAGUUAACAUCGGUCUGCUCAAGAUGUAUGAGGCCGAAGUGAUAGGCAAGCGAGUAGUUGUGCAGCAUCUGCCGCUCGGAGGCCUAGUGGAGUGGGACCAAACGAACGAUCAAGUCGAUGAUGACGCAUCCAUUUCCACCACUACGACGCCGUUCAGAAGAAGUGGUAGUGGGGUCAUGACCGCGAGUGCAGCAGGGAUGAGCCCAAGGACCCAAACACAGGUGGCGUCGCACACCCAGUUGCCACCACUGCGGCAGUACCCGCCGGCAGGAUCAACACAAACACGCAGUAUACCGCCCUCCUCUUCCCCAACAACGUCACAAGCUCAGAAUCAGAAUCGCGUACACGGCGAUUUGGGUUUGGGCGGCGCCACUGCCGCACCGUGGGCAUCAGGAAGAUCAUGAUUACGGCUCUUGUUGAAGGAUUUGGUUGGUCGUUGUGACUGGUGGAUUUUGUUCGGACCCCUCGUGCGUGCAGUUGGGCAAUUCCAACGGAAGGCGGCCGGCGAUGAAGAUGCGGUUUCGUUUCCACUGCCCCUCCUGCCUUUUUGCCUCACUGGAGUUGAUCGGUGACACCUAAAUUAUAGACUGAUGUUGCCUGUGCGCUUGCGGCGAAGUGAUGAGCUGGUUCGACCCACUUACACUUCCGUGUGUACUGUACUGUAUUCACGUUGUAUGCAUAUCUGCUCUGUGCGUGAACGGACCCUCUUGUAUCAUAGCGGGGACUCCGUGUCAUCGGGUCAAUCAG